AUGGUAGUCACCCUAAACUGUGGGAAGCAGAUUGCGGUCGCUCGAAAACAGAAUUGCGAAUCUUCAAGCUCUGCGAUAACAUAUAUUACAUCUUUAUCCACUGAUGCUGGACACGAUGAACCUAUUGUGAAAGUAUACAAGGACAAUUGUGAAUGUAUUGAGUUUGAUUGCGGAUGUUGUCAACAUAUAGAGUGGGAUGCAGUCUCAUUAAACGGUACAUUAUGUGCAAAUGCAAGCUACUUAGAGUAUGAAUAUGGGAUAUCAAUCACAGUGACAUACAAUGACUUUACGAUUAUCAAUGAGACAGUCUCAGCUCGAAACCCACCACCCAUUUGCGUCGGAGAAGAUAUUGUGGAUGCAAUCCAAAUUGAUGUUUGUUUCCGUAUUUAUGACAUAGAUAUUGGGCCUGACAAGUUCCAUGCGUGUUUCGAGAUCCUAGCGAAAUUCAUGCAUAUUAUUAAUACACCUUCGAUAAAAUUAGGUUGCAUUACUACCAAACUACAAAAACAAUUGGAAUAUAUAGACAAUAGAGUUUUUCAUGUGUUACAAUCACAUGGUGGUAAGACAUAAAAAUACUUAAUCGUGGUGUAAAGCACAUGAUAGAAACAUUGUGCAUGUUGAACGAAAUGUAGUGAGUUCACGAUGAUUUGUUAAACAGUAGUUAUGAUGUCUGUUUACACAAGGCGUAU